GCCUUGGUUCUCAUGCUAGCUGUUGGGGUCGGAGGUCAGGGUGAGCGUGUAGCGGGCAGCAGGAGGAAGAUGGCGGUGGAGUCGCGCGUUACUCAGGAGGAGAUUAAGAAGGAGCCCGAGAAGCCCAUCGAUCGGGAGAAGACCUGCCCGCUGUUGCUGCGCGUCUUCACCACCAACAACGGCCGCCACCACCGCAUGGACGAGUUCUCCCGCGGAAACGUGCCGUCCAGCGAGCUGCAGAUCUACACCUGGAUGGAUGCAACCUUGAAAGAACUGACUAGUUUAGUAAAAGAAGUCUACCCAGAAGCCAGAAAGAAGGGCACACACUUCAAUUUUGCAAUUGUUUUUACAGAUCUUAAAAGGCCUGGCUAUCGAGUAAAGGAGAUCGGCAGCACCAUGUCUGGGAGAAAAGGGACUGACGACUCCAUGACGCUGCAGUCGCAGAAGUUCCAAAUCGGAGACUAUCUGGACAUAGCGAUCACGCCUCCAAAUCGGGCACCGCCUCCUUCAGGAGGGCGCAUGAGGCCAUACUGAAUUUUAUUUACUAUUUCUUGAAUUUAUUUUCCAUUCAGUUAUGUAAAAUAAACUUUCAUUUUUUCCUCCUCC